CGGCAGUCGGCGGGUCGGGAGAGGUGCUGACAGGGCGGGGCCACCGCGCGGCUCUGCCGGCCUCACCCCUCCCGCCCCGGACAGGUGGCUGGAGCGCGCCCCGCCCCCGCCAGCUGCGGGUGGGAGCGAGGGAGGGCCAGUCCCGGACGGCCGCCGCCAGCUGCGAGCGGGAGCGAGCGAGGGCCAGUCCGGGACGGCCGGGCGAGGAGUCCGGCGGCAGCAAGCGAGUAUCGUGGCGGCCAAAAAAAUGCUCCUGUACCGAGGGGCCCCCGCGGGCCCUGGCGCGCCGGGUAGCGCGCUGGCAAGGCCGGGCGGCGGCCCGCAGGCCUUCGGGAUCCGCCUGAGCACGAUGAGCCCCCGCUACCUCCAGAGCAACUCCAGCAGCCACACGCGACCCUUCAGUGCCAUCGCGGAGCUGCUAGAUAAUGCUGUAGAUCCAGAUGUAUCCGCCAGGACGGUCUUUAUAGAUGUUGAGGAGGUCAAGAAUAAAUCUUGUUUGACCUUUACCGAUGAUGGAUGUGGAAUGACACCUCAUAAACUACACCGAAUGCUCAGCUUUGGCUUUACAGAUAAAGUAAUAAAGAAGAGCCAGUGUCCCAUCGGGGUCUUUGGUAAUGGUUUCAAGUCAGGCUCCAUGCGGCUAGGAAAGGACGCUCUUGUCUUCACCAAGAAUGGGGGUACUCUUACGGUUGGACUCCUGUCACAGACCUAUCUGGAAUGUGUCCAGGCCCAAGCAGUUAUUGUACCAAUUGUUCCAUUCAACCAGCAAAACAAAAAAAUGAUUAUUACUGAGGAUUCCUUGCCCAGCCUAGAAGCCAUCUUGAACUAUUCAAUUUUCAACAGUGAAAAUGACCUGCUGUCCCAGUUUGAUGCCAUCCCAGGCAAAAAAGGCACUCGUGUUCUCAUUUGGAACAUCCGCAGAAAUAAAGAUGGAAAGUCUGAGUUGGACUUUGAUACAGAUCAGUAUGAUAUCCUGGUAUCAGACUUUGGCACAGAAGAAAAAGAGACUGGUGGCGCUUCCUCUGAGCUGCCAGAAACAGAGUAUUCUUUACGGGCAUUUUGUGGCAUUCUGUAUAUGAAGCCACGAAUGAAAAUUUUUCUGCGUCAAAAGAAGGUGACUACCCAGAUGAUUGCCAAGAGCCUGGCUAAUGUAGGAUAUGAUAUAUAUAAACCUACCUUCACAAACAAGCAGGUGAAAAUAACUUUUGGGUUCUCUUGCAAGAAUAAUAACCAGUUUGGAGUAAUGAUGUAUCAUAACAACCGCCUCAUAAAGUCUUUUGAGAAGGUGGGAUGCCAGGUGAAGCCAACACAAGGAGAAGGUGUGGGAGUAAUUGGAGUCAUUGAGUGCAAUUUCUUAAAACCUGCCUACAACAAACAAGACUUUGAGUACACCAAGGAGUACCGGUUGACAAUUAAUGCCCUUGCCCAGAAGCUCAAUGCUUAUUGGAAGGAGAAGACCUCCCAAGAAAAUUUUGAGACCUCAGCCAUAGUCAGGCCAAUACCGAAGAUUCCUGACCAGACAUGGGUACAGUGUGAUGAGUGUCUUAAAUGGAGGAAGCUUCCUGGCAAGGUUGAUCCAUCUACAUUGCCUGCAAGAUGGUUUUGUUACUAUAAUUCCCAUCCAAAGUACAGGAGAUGCUCUGUUCCAGAGGAACAAGAACUCAUUGAUGAAGACCUCUACUUGAGCAAAGCUAAGAAACAAGAUCAAACUAUUGAGAAGAAGAAGGUACCAUUGGAAAAUGAGAGCCACCAGGUAUUCACUAAUCCACUGAAGAUCCCUUCUAUUCAAGAUAUGGAGGACCUGAAUAAUAAGACAGCUGGAUAUGAGGGAAUUGAUAGCCCUAGCCAGCUUUCAUCUGUUGGAGAAGAAAGCAGAACACCUUCUCUUCAACUUAAGCCUCUGGAUUCCAGUGUUUUUCAGUUUUCCAGUAAGUACAAAUGGAUCCUAGGUGAGGAACCUGUGGAGAAACGAAGGAAGCUCCAGAAUGAGAUGACAACACCUCCGCUAGAUUAUUCCAUGCCGGGCCCUUACAGGAGGGUAGAGGCAGCAGUUGCCUACCCAGAAGGGGAGAACAGCCAUGAUAAAUCCAGUUCUGAGAGAAGCACACCACCGUACCUUUCCCCAGAAUACCCAGAAGCUGUUAAGAGUACCAGUCAGAGCAGGGAGGUUUCAGUUCUGUAUGCAGGGGCCCAAGACCCACACCAGGGGUCCCUGCUCCCUGAAGAAUUAGAAGAUCAGAUGCCAAGAUUGGUAGCAGAAGAAUCUAACAGAGGCAGCACACACAUAAACAAGGAAGAAGUAAGCAAGGGACCUUUCGUAGCUGUUGUCGGUGUUGCAAAAGGUGUUAGAGAUUCGGGAGCUCCCAUUCAGCUGAUCCCUUUUAACAGAGAGGAGCUUGCUGAGCGACGAAAAGCAGUUGAAUCCUGGAACCCCCCAGCGCCUUACUCUGCUGUGGCCUCUGCUGCAACCCCUGCUGCAGCCGCCGGGGAGAAAGGAAAAGGCUGUGAGGAGAGUGGAGGACGUAAUACACCAAAGAUGAAGAACCAAAGAGAGCUGGAAGAACUGAAGAGAACCACAGAGAAGUUGGAACGUGUUUUGGCAGAAAGGAAUAUGUUUCAGCAAAAGGUGGAGGAGCUGGAACAGGAGAGGAAUCACUGGCAUUCUGAAUUCAAGAAAGUCCAACACGAAUUGGUGACCUAUAGUACCCAGGAGACGGAAGGCUUGUAUUGGAGCAAGAAACACAUGGGUUAUCGCCAGGCUGAAUUCCAGAUUCUGAAAGCUGAGCUGGAAAGAACCAAAGAGGAAAAGCAGGAGCUAAAGGAGAAACUGAAGGAGACAGAGACACACCUGGAAGUGCUGCAGAAGGCUCAGGUCUCCUACCGGACCCCAGAGGGAGAUGACCUAGAAAGGGCUUUGGCAAAGCUUACGCGGCUGCGUAUCCACGUCAGCUAUCUCCUUACUUCUGUCCUCCCUCACUUGGAGCUUCGUGAGAUCGGGUUUGACUCAGAACAAGUGGAUGGGAUCCUGUAUACGGUGCUGGAGGCAAAUCACAUACUGGACUGAGCACCAGCUACUCUGUGUCCCCUUCUCUACACUUCUCUUCUCCUUUCCUCCCUCUCUCUCUCUCUCUCU